UCACUGCGCGUGCUGUUGGGUUUCCAUGGUAGCCAAGGACGCAACUAGAGUCGACAUCCAACAUUGACUGAUCGUCCACGUAAAACAACAUGCCACCAAAAGAUGCAAAGUCUGCCAAAAAGAGCAAGCUCAGUAAGGCUGAAAAGGACAGACUUCAGAAAGAAAAUGAUGAGAGAAAACAAAUGGAAGAAGAAGUGGCUCGUAUCCUUGCCAAAAAAGAGGAAAAGGAGAGGUUGGAGAGAGAGAGAAAAGAUCAGGAGGAGCAGCAGAGACUGGAGCUGAAGGAUCAAGAGCGCCGAGAGGAUGAGCUGAAUGAACUCCGCCACCUACUGGAGGAGAACCAGACUGCAGUCAUAAAGUGGGAAACUGAUUCCAGAGAGAAGACCAAGUGGGACAGGUACAUGCGUUGUGAUGGGAGCCCAGAUCCUUCAGUCCAGAAGGAGAUUAACACCUUCAUCACACUGUGGAAGGAGAACACAGAAGUCCAGUUCAAACCAGUCCUAAACGAGUGUGCCCUCGCCCUACAGCUGCUAGAAGAGCUCGAGGGUCAUCUAAGGGACACGCCUGAACCAGCGGAGGCCCUGAGGUACCAGGAGACCUUGCUCACCAUCCAGGCUCUAAUUCACGCCAAACACAACCUCAUUACCGAGGAGAUACUCAAGUGGUCUAAUGCCCACUCAGACAUUGAGACGGGGAACAUGCAGAUAGUGGUCCAGGAUGAGAACAUCACGCUGUGCUUGUGGGCCAACCUCAACAAGAACCCAAGGUUUAAAGGGUUUCAGUUCGAGGAAGCAGGGCUGGGCUUUGUGCUGCCAAAGCUGCUGGCUGUGAGUGACAUCGCUGUGAGGAUCCUCCACACACGCUAUGACCACUUGUCUCAACAAGCCAACCUCAGGGGAGGGAACCCCAGCAAGUACCUGGGACAGGGUGCCAGAGAGGAGCCCACCUUAGAGGGAGGGACCCCCUUAGGAGAGACGGAUGAAGAAAGCGAGGGAAGAGAGGACACGCAGAAGGAAGGUGCAGAGGAAGUGGUGCACUCUGUCAAAGGCUCCGAAGGCAGGAAGAGCGCAGUGAGCAUGAUGUCUAUGAGAGAGGAGAGGAGUGCCAAGCAGCAGGAGGAUCUGAAAGAUAAACUGGAGAGAGGGAGUCAGAUAGAGACUAUGGGAGAAUACUCCAGGGGUGGAGACUCCACUCCCGCCCCGCUGGACCCAGUGAUUGAGAGCUGUGAGGAUCACGUUGUUGACUUGCAGCAGUACACGCCCCUGGGAGGAGUCUUCUACUUUGAUGUGUUCCAUCUGCCGCCGCAGUCCCAGCAGCUCAACGGCUGGGAGAUGAGAAAGCUAAACACAGGGCUGGAGACGUUCCCCUACCCUCCUGAGCAGUCCCAGAUGCAGGGCUCUGCCUCCAUGAGGCUGGAGGACAGCAGGGGGCAGGCCUGUCCCCCUGUAGCGGUCACCAUCACCCUGUCUGACUCUGUUCUGUUCCUGGAGGACCCCCUGGUGGCCCGCUGGGACACUGCAGGUCAGCAAUGGAGGACCGACUACAUCAGUGAAACGACCUACAACAAGGAAGAGCGAAAGAUAUCCUUCAAGAUGGACUCUUUCUACACCUUCACGUUGCUACAAGACUUGUACGCCAACAUGCCGUUCCAGAGCUGGGAGUUGAGACCCCUGGACCAAGACUCCGUCCUCCUUACUAUCAUCACAGCCAUGAUUGAAGUCAGCAUUACAGUCAAGGGUAGUCAGUGUAUGCUUCUGUCAGACCAGGAGAGUGGCCUAAAACAUAUCUUGGGCAAGUGGAUGAGUCCCCAUACUCUGCAGAGAGCCAUGGUCAAUGCUGGGGUCAACAUCUUCGUGAACCAAUACUCUGACAAGUAUGUCAGUGUUAACCCCAAGGACCAUCUGCUGGAGCAAGCUGUGUAUGAUCAGAUGGCUCUGCUCUCCUGUGCAUUUGCCUUCUCAUGGAGCAAGUGGAACAUGCACUGUGGCAAGGAGCAUAUUGCUCUGCAGGUGUGUGAGCACCUUGACCCCAUCCCAGUCCCAGAAGACUUGUGGUGUGUGUACUUGCUGGGGUCCAAGAGAAACCAGAGACUGAGGAUCAAGGAACACAGCGAGUCUUUCUCUAUAGAGCUGGAGCCCGGCAGCGAGUUUCACUCCACCUUCCUGCACAUGCUCAGGGAUGGCAUGUCUUCGGCUGGAGAGCAACGGGCUCAUAGCUCUCAUCACCUGUUCGUCAACACUGUACGCACUCUGUUACAUGCCACCCGGCCCCUCACAUACUCCUAACCAUUAGAAAAUCCAAAGCUAUGUGGGAACACAGCCCCUAAACACAGAUGGAAGAUCAGUUUAACACAUUCACCAUCCAAAUCGUAACCAUUAAGAAUUAGGUACAUCUGAUCCUGUGUCAGUGGGUAGCUUUAGCUGACUGAGCGGCACACGGUUGGCAUCACAGACUGCUCAUUGUGAAGAUUGACCUCCGAACCUCAAACA